CAAGCUUCGCAUUUGCACAAGUGCUCGAAGAGAGAAGUUUAUCUCAAAAGAUCGCUGUUUAAUCAAGUUAAAUUUAAGGUAAGAAUCUUUAGUCUUUUACUAUGAAUUUGCUUUAGCCUUCGUCAAUCGAAGGGCGACUUGUAUAUAUUUUUGAAACGCGACGAAAUUCAUGAACCGUUCACUAAUAGAAUUCGUUCAACUGAUGUUUUUUCUGCAUGAGUAGUCGCCACGUGUAUUGUAUGGUCUUUCAAACUUUUGGCUAUUUCUUAACGUUUUCGAUAAAAUCUUGUAGCAAUCGAAGGGCGACUUGUAUAUAUUUUUGAAACGCGACGAAAUUCAUGAACCGUUCACUAAUAGAAUUCGUUCAACUGAUGUUUUUUCUGCAUGAGUAGUCGCCACGUGUAUUGUAUGGUCUUUCAAACUUUUGGCUAUUUCUUAACGUUUUCGAUAAAAUCUUGUAGCAUUUAACUUCAGAAUCCUUGUCUUUUGUCUUCCUAUAACUUAUAUUUGUUUUCUUGCACUUUUAGGCCAGAAAGUUCCGCGAGAAAUUCGCUCAAGCCAUAGACUGGCCACAAAGUCAGCGGGGAUAUAUAACCAGGUAUAUAUAUGUAAUAUUUCUCUAUAAAUAUUUGUUCUAAAAUAGAAUUAGCGCUUACUUUUAAGAAUUGUUAAGCAUCCUGGUAGAAUUAUAGUCUUCUUAGACUUAGUCUAAAUUUUGGUCAACUUUUACUAAAGAUAAUACCUAAAAUGAAAGCUGUAUGCUUUACUCAAACGGUUUGGUUGUACUACAUCUGUACUGUACAGUUUGUCCACAAUUUUGUACGAUAUUUUUGCGACUUCUUAGUCCAAAAUUCUGAAAUUAAUUUGCUAUUUCUUUCGGUUUAUGUUGCAAUUUGACUGACAGUUUUGUUCUAAAUAGCUAGCCGUUCGCUUAUUAACAAUUCUGAAAGAAUUUGUUUAAUUCUACUAAAAACGCUUCCAUAUACGAGAGUACGCGUUCAAUUAAUGAUGUGUUUUUAUUUUUCUUUCAGGUGCAAAUUUUAA